AUGACGAGCCAGUUGUCUGUUUUAAAACUUUACAGUACAGUGGUAGAUGAUGUGAUAGCAGGAGUGCGAGACUGUUUUCUUGAUGACGGUGUUGAUGAACAGAUAUUACAAGAAUUGAAACAACUAUGGAAAACAAAACUAGCUGCCAGUGGGGCUAUGGACCCACCACAACCUGAGGUAACGACUAUGCCUCCACCACCGGCGCUCCAAAAUUUUCAAAAAGCAAAUGGAAGUAAUAUAAUACCAAAAAGAGCUCCAGAUAUGGCUCAAGGCUCGAGUCAACAUUCUGGAGUUGAACAUGGUGCUCCUCCAUCAAGUUUACCAGGUGCUCACCCACAUCAUGUUCUGGAUCCAAACAACAAAGUUCCAGUACAACUCACAUUACCAGCUCAACCAGGGGUACCAGGUUCACAACCACGUUCAUUUACAAUUCAGAUCCCGGCCUCUGCACUCAAUGGUAAUAAGCUACACCAAGUGCUUACUGGUCCAAUAAUAAAUGCUACAAUAAGUUUGCCUCAACCUUUAGCUGCUACUCUAUUGCAGCAACAUAUCAAUUCCGCACUAGCAGGCCAACAAAAUGAGUUUGAUGGAGGUGGAGGUGGUCGCAGUGGUGCUGCACCAUUUUCCUUAGAUGGAGCUUUAGAUUCAUCAGAUGAUGAAGGUUCAAAUGUUGGUGAUGGUUCUGAGGAUGGGGCUGGUGAUGACGAUGAGGAUGAAGAGUCUGCAGAGGAACGAGCGGAGGAAGAAGAAGAAGAAAGAGAUGAAAGUGGAGGAGCAGAGGAAGAGCCACUAAAUUCUGGUGAUGAUGUAUCAGAUGAAGAGACUGGUGAUAUGUUUGACACAGAAAAUGUAGUGGUUUGUCAAUAUGAUAAGAUUACACGCAGUCGUAAUAAAUGGAAAUUCUAUCUUAAAGAUGGUAUAAUGAAUUUAGCAGGCAAAGAUUAUGUUUUCCAAAAAGCUAACGGUGAUGCAGAGUGG